AUGGACGAGGCGACAGAGCUCCAGGCGGUGCUGCAGGCCCUCGCUGUCGCCGUUGAUUGGCGGACGGAUCAGGCGUCUCGUGCUGCGGCCACGGAAUUCCUCGAAAAGCUCAAGACAGAGGAGGAGCCGCACCGUCAGGCGUCGCUAGCAGCCCACCUGGUGAACGGCGAUCAGCCUGAGCAUGCCCGCCUCUUCGCCUUCCAGCUGCUGCAGAACGUGGCGCGCAACAAGUGGCAGCAGUUCCCCGCGGACGAGCGGCGCAAGCUGGCAGUGUACGCGUUUGACCUGCUCAGGCGCUGUGCCGACACUGCUGGCGAGCCCUGGUCCAUCCGCAGCAAAGCGGCCGCACUGCUGGCUGAUAUUGUGAAGCACGAGGGGUCGGACCUGUGGAAGGAGAUGCUGCCGUCUCUGCUCGCUCUCUCUGCUGCCAGUCCCGUCCAUGCAGAGACGGUGGCUCUUGUGCUGCAGUUUGUACCAGAAGAUGUGACAGUCCAUAACGAGGAUAUAGAAGGCAACAGGAGGCGUCAGCUGCUUCUCGGCCUUACAGCGACUCUGCCGCAAAUCCUCCCCUUCCUCUACUCGGUCCGUGCUUUGCUUUGCCCACCUUUCCCAGUAAAUUGCCUUCUGGACUCUAACUUCGCAGCAGCACUGGCGGACAUGCAGCAGAGCAACGUGAAGCUGCAAGGCAGUGACGAGACAGUGGCAGGCUUGGCAGCGCUGGGGGCGUAUGCAGAGUGGGCGCAUGUACCUGCAAUUGCAUCCACUCGCCUGCUCAAUGCGCGAGUUUCAGGGUUUGAGGUUUUGGGGUAUGUAGGGGGGCUGGCAGCGCUAGGGGUGUAUGCUGAGCUGGCGCCUGAGCCUGCUCUUGCCGCUGCUGGCUUGCUGCAUGCGUAUGACCUGCGGAUGUUGAGGUUUAUAUCUAGAGUGGCUGCUCAUGUGACAGCGGGCCUGGCAGCACCGGGGGCGUAUGCGGAUUGUGCGCCUGUGCCUGAUCUCCGCUUUGCCGGCUUGCUGAACGUCUGUGGUUUCCUCCUCGGUUCGCCUGAUUUUCGAAUGGGAGCAGCGGAUUUCUUCAAGCAUCUGGCGGCCAGGUGGGUGGAUGAUGGAUACGAGUUGGAGCAAGAGUGGGUGGUGUGGUGGCACUCCCCUUCGGACGACCAGGAGGCAUUCAACGCCGCCAUGACAUCAGUGGCUGACUCCCUCGUCUCUGCAGCUGAUGCCUCCUCGAUCGCAUCACCGCCUCUACAGGCUCCGCCCCCUCUUCCUCUCCAAGGAGAACAGGGGAACAGACAGGCAACGGGGAUGGCAAUCCUUGUAGUAACCCUCCCUCCCCCCCUGCCCUCCCUCCCCCACCUCAGGCGAGCCCCUUCGGACGACCAGGAGGCAUUCAAUGCCGCCAUGACAUCAGUGGCCGACUCCCUCGUCUCGGCAGCUGACGCCUCUCUCGAUCGCAUCACCACCUCUACAGCCUCCGCCCCUGCUUCCUCUCCAAAAGAAACGGGGGGGCUUUUUGAGCGAGCCCCUUCAGACGACCAGGAGGCAUUCAACGCCGCCAUGACAUCAGUGGCCGACUCCCUCGUCUCUGCAGCCGACAAUUCCCUUGAUCGCGUCACCACCUCUACAGGUUCCGCCCCUGCUUCCUCUCCAAGGGAAGCAGCGGGGCAGGGAGGGGGGAUGGCAGCAGGGGGGGGCGCGAGGGGAGGAGGGGGGGCGGGGGAGGUGGAUGAGGGGGAGGUGGCGUUUGCUGAAAGGCUGUGUGAGGCGAUGGUGGCAUUUGCGCCGUCGAAUCUCAAAAGAGCAGCGCAGCAAGAUGAUUCUAGAUAUGCCAAGUUCUUCCACACGAUGCUUCGCUUCUUUGAGUGCAAAUGCUUCUCCUUGCACGCCCUGGCGCUCCAACUCUGGCUGGUGUUACUGAGGGAAUCAGCACAGAGCACGAGUGGCGGAAAGGACAACAAGCGCGCUGCAGUGAUUCUCGUGCCGCCUGAUUUCUGCUUGAGGCUGCUGGACGUGGUGGCAGAUCACCUGCCGAGACGACCAGGGGAGGGGGAGGGGGAUGAUGGGGACGACAACGAAGGGUGGCAGGAGGAGUUCACCAACAGUGGAGACUACGCUCAGUACAGGAGCCGACUGAUGGACGUGGUGCGGCUGGUGACACAGCAGCAGCCGCUCAUAGCAGCAUCCAAGGUGGCCUCUCGCAUCGAAGCCGCGGUUGCUGCUGCCACCUCCGCUCCCCCGCCCCCCAAGGUGGUGGCAGUGUUGGAGGGAGCGAGAAUGCUGGAAGAUGCGGUGAUGACUGCUGUGCCUGAUGCAGUCAUGGCAGCAGCCGCUGCUCACUCCACCAAUCCCGCCAUUCUUGCUGACGACCUGGGGCUCAUUGUAGAGGGUGUGCUACAACGCCUGUUGUGUGUGCAGUGGAAUGACCCCGUGCUGAUAGAGCUGCAUGCGCACCUGCUGGACGCGUUGGGCCCCUUCCUCAAGCACUCCCCGCCCGCAGCUGCCCUCGUCAUUCCCAAGCUCUUCGAGCUCCUCAGCUCUCUGCCACCCACCCCCCUGGGAGUGGAGCCCAUGCUGCGGCCGGAGCGCAGUGAGGACCGUCUGCCCCGCCUGCAAGUGUGCACGUCCAUCCUCAGAGUGGCGCGCUCUGCUGACGUGGCCCUUGUACCCAUGCUCAAGGUGCGUUACACGGCCCCUGGUAUCGCCUCAGGCGACGCAGUGAGGGGUGAGGUGAGAACCAAUCGCCUGCCCCGCCUGCAAGUGUGCACGUCCAUCCUGAGAGUGGCACGCUCUGCUGACGUGGCUCUCGCGCCCAUGCUCAAGGUUAUGGUGCAGCGCGUGCAGUCAAGCUCUGAGACGUCUCACCACUCGUUCCCUCUCACUCACACCCUCCCCCUCUUCUCUCUCCAGGCGAUGGUGGAUCAGGUGAUGGGCAUUCGGCAGCAGCAGCAGGCAGCAGUGCAGCGCGUGCAGCAGAGCCAGUCUGGUGUUGAGACGUCUCACUCACAACAUGUGUAUUCCGAUUCCUGGUUCCCCUCCUUUCCUCCCCCUUCUCCUUUCCCGGCGAUGGUGGAUCAGGUGAUGAACACCCGGCAGCAGCAGGCAGCACUGCAGAAGUGCCUGGCAAUCUUUGAGACGUCUCAUACCUCCUCUAAUCUCCCUUUCUCCGUUCUCCACACCCCCACUCCUCUUCUCCUCCUCCAACUCCAGGCAAUGGUGGAUCAGGUGAUGGGCAUUCGGCAACAGCAACAGGCAGCAGUGCAGCGAGUGCAGCAGACGCACCCCAGUGAAGAAGCAGCCGUGGUAGAGUGGCUAUUAGCACCCAUCCGCGCCCAAUGGGCGGAUGCCACGUGGCAGGCGCGCUACCUCUCCUCCCCGGAAGCCCUAGCAGCACUCCUCCUCCACUCCCCCAGCUCGGGCUCCCAGGAGGAAGCAGACUUCUGGGCCGUCUACCACACCACGAUGCUUCUUGAGAGAAUCAUGCGCCGCGCUGCUGUUGGCGGGGGGAGCGGAGUGGGAGGGGGAGGAGCGGGAGGGGGAGCAGGGGGAGGGGGAGGAGUGGCGGCGACGCCGCCGCCUUCCCCUGGGGUUGUGGGGGUGGCGGAUGGGGUUGUGGGGGAAAGAAGCGGGAGUGGAGGGGGAGGGGGAGGGGCGGUGCACUGUGUGAGUCCGCACCUGCAUUGGAUUGUGCCUCCCCUGCUCAGACUGCUGCACUGCCUCCACGCCCUCUGGUCCCCUCAGGUGCUCGCCUCCCUUCCCCCCACCCUCGCCCCAGCGCUGCUGGUGGGGCAGCAGGAGAAGGCAGCAGUGCUGGGGCAGGCAGGCGUGUCAGGCAAGCAGGAGGGCGUGCCGCUGCUGCUGGGGGGGACCGGGGGAGGAGGGGGGGCGUGGGGAGGCGGAGGGGGAGGCGGAGGGGUUGGGGGAGGAGCAGGGGAGAGGCAGCGGGAGGCUAUGGCUUUGGCGAUGAGGCGAAAUUGGCUCAAGUGUGUGCGGGACAACAGUUAUGGCUUCCUUGGUAUGGCAGCAGCAAACGCCCCAGCAGCCUUUUUCUCCCUUCCCGAGCCUCCCGUCACGAACCUGCAAUCCUUAGGUUCGGUCUCACCCCAGCAGCAGCAGUUCGUGCUGGAGGUUCGGGCCGCACUGGCCGAUUCCGUGGCUAGCAUGGAGGCUCGGCACCUGCGACUGCUGCAGAAGCUCGUCCUGCUCCCAUUGGUCAAAUCCUGUCCGCCGAGCCUCUAUCCUCUCUGGCUCGGCACGCUCCUGCCACCGAUCGUUCUUCACUGCGAACAAUGGCUGACUGCCACGUGGCAGAGAUUCCUGCAAGAAGGGCUGUGUGGGGGAGGAGGGGGAGGGGAAGCAGCAGGGGGUAAAGCGCUUGCUGCUGUUUCUGGUGGUGGUGAGAGUGAGAAGGAGAGGAGAGGAGGGUUAAAGGAUGAGCUGUUUAACGAGAAAAUUCUAAGGGACCUGACAAGAGAGACCUGCGGCCUGUUGGCUCUCUUCCCUAUCUUGCCUCAGUCAUCCUCGUUACAGGCUGCCUCGUUUCAAGCCACGGCUUCUGCGCUCAUGGCUGGUGUCACUGGUGGUGGUGGCAUUGCGGGUGCUGCUGGUGGUGCUGGUGCUGGUGGUGAUGAGAGGAUGGACAUGCAUUCGGUGGCAACCGCGGCAAACAGCUUGCUGCACUUCCUCUUACAGCACCACCCAGAGGCAGCAGCAGCGUGCAUCCGAGUGGCAAUGGCAGCAAUGGACUGGCCCGACAGCGACGCCUCUCACAAGGCUGUCCUCUUCAACUCAGGCCUCGUGCACAUGCCGGAGCUGCUCGCCGAACCUGCUGCACCGGCUUCCGGGCCUCCCGCGCAGCUUCGGGAGAUGGUCGGCCGGACCAUGUUUGCAGCGGCGGUGCAGGCGCUGACGCUGGAGUCUAAUGCGGGGAUUCAGGCGCAUAUUGUGGCAUUAUUGAGGGAUAUUUACCUUCGUUUGGGCCCUUUAACCUCUGCUCCUAGAGAGGUGCUCCUUUCACUCUCCAUUUCACCAGAGGCCCUCGCUUCGUUCGAAGCUGCCCUCAAGAGUACGGGUAGUGCAAAGGAGCAACGGGCAGCUUUCAGAACUUUGCUCACAGGAGUCGCAGGGGGGCAGCUAAAAGCAUUUUCUGCCCAGAAGAAUCCUACGACCAUCUCGAAUGUCUCGGGUAAGUACACCCCCUGA